CCGUCUUCUUUGUUUCACCUUUUUAAACCCAAAAUAACAAAAUCAAUUUUUCAUUCCCAAAUAUGCAGAGUUUUGUCACCGAAUCACACGCCAGUCAACAUCGUUCUUCAACUCCUACGAUUCUGCGAUUUCUUGGAAUUUGCUGCAUUGGAAGGAUGUUCUUCGCUGUUGCCAUGGCCGGGAUUUAAUCUGGUUUUUGUUUUUCUCAGCAAUUUCUUUGUUCCUUUUGUUUCUAAUGUGAUAUUUUAAUUUGUGGUUGAAUCAUUUUUUUCUUUCUGUGGUUUUGGCUGCGGUGAGUGGGAGUGUGGAGGUUGUGUUGUUGUUCGUUGUUGUGUGGCGGGAAUUUGGUUAGGUUCAGGGGGUUCUGUUUGAGCAUUUUGGAAUUGUGGGUGUUCUUGGGGUAUGGAGGAGGAGUUGAGUGCUGAGAAGCUGUUGGGGAAGGCGAAAGAGGACGAUUAUGAUUUUGAUCGAGUUUUGGAUGAGGAGGGCAAUGAAGCAGCGUUGAGGAAUCUUCAUGUAAAUGGUAAGGAAAAUCUGCCGUCGGUUUCUAUCAGCUGUGAUUCUGAGAGAGAGUCGUUGGAGAUGGAAUUCGAGAAGGGAUGUCAGGCGAGGGUUGAGGAAGUAAUGGUGGAUGUUUACAAGGGUAGUGGGGAAAGUGCUGAAGUGGAAAAUAGUAGUAAAAGGAGGAAGGUGGAUGAUGAAAGUACAAAGGUAGUGGAGAACGUGAGAAGAAAACUUAUGGCUGAUAAACUAAGGGGUAGUGAUCGAGUUUUGCGGUCGAGUUUUGCAGUAACGAUAGAGUGCAGUAGUGUAGCUGAUAGUGAAGAGAAUAACAGUACUAUGGCAGUGCAGAAUUGUAGGAGCAGUAGAUAUGGCAAGAAAUUAGUGAAGUUGGAGGAAAGUGAUAAUGAAUUGUUCUCUGGGGAUCAGAAGGUACAAAGAAGGCGUGGAAGACCACCAAAGGUGGAAAAGGAAGCGGAGGAAGUAGUUGUUAGCCCUAGGAAGAAGUUGAAACGAAAGCCUGGAAGACCACCCAAGUUGGAGAGUGAAAACAACCAUCAAUUUGUCUGUGGGUCGGAGAAUAAGUCGAAAAAGAAGCGUGGAAGACCACCCAAGACUGAAAAGGAAAACGAUAGUCUUUUGUCUAGUGGAUUGAAUACCUUGAAACCUAGGCGUGGAAGACCACCCAAGACUGAAAAGGAAAAUGAUAAUCCAUUGUCUGGUGGAUUGAACGCCUUGAAACCUAGGCGUGGAAGACCACCCACGACUGAAAAGGAAAGUUAUAAUCCAUUAUCCGGUGGAUUGAAUACCUUGAAAUCUAGGCGUGGAAGACCACCCAAGGUGCAACAAAGCUAUGAAGCCCUGAAGGUUGAGCAUGAGGGAAGAAAGGUCAGGUUGGCAAGAAAAUUAAGCAUGAAGUUGAGAAACAGGAUGCGGAAUUACGUGAAAACUGAAAAAUAUUUAUCUCAGGAAUUGGAGCCAGAGGGAGCUAAUGAAGUGAAGAAAGGAGAAAAUUCCAAGAUCAAGGUAGAUGACUGCAGUAAAUCUACAGUAAAAAAUUUAUUGAGAGAGAGGAUUACUGAAAUAUUAAAAACUGCUGGUUGGACAAUUGAGUAUAGGCCUAGAUUUAAUCGAGAGUACAACGAUGCAGUUUAUGUAAGUCCAGAGGGACGAACUCACUGGUCAAUAACCUUGGCAUAUAAUGUGCUUAAAAAGCAUUAUGAAGUAGGUGACGGUGAUUCUAAAGUUUAUAAGACUGGUUUUAUAUUUACUCCAAUACCAGAGGAAGAAAUCAUGACACUAACAAGGGUUACUAGAGCAAGUAGGAACAGAGAAUUGAAGAAGCAAAAGAGAAGUGGAAAACUCAAAAUGAGAGGGUUCAUUGAAACGGAAAGGACAAGGAGUCCAGUUUCUAAGUCAAUGAAAAGGAAAAGGAAAAAAGAUACUUCGCAUCAUGAGCUCAAUAGUUUAGAUCAUAACCUAGAAAAGGAGUUCCCUAGUUCAUUCCGGACAAAAAAUAGGAAGCGAUGUGCUUUGUUGGUCAGAAAUACAGAGGAAAGCGCCAAUUCAUGCAAUGAUGGGUAUUUACUUUAUAAUGGGAAGCGGACACUACUUGCUUGGAUGAUAGAUUUGGGGGUUUUGUCAGUUGAUGAGAAGGUGCGGUACAUGAACAAAAGAAAGACACAGGUAAAGCUUGAGGGUAGACUUACAAGAGAUGGAAUUCAUUGUAACUGCUGUGAUGAAGUUAUUACAGUUUCGAAAUUUGAAAUGCAUUCAGGAAGCAAACUUGGUCAGCCGCUUGAAAAUAUAUGUGUACAGACUGGUUCUUCCCUCCUCCAAUGCUUGUUGGAAUCAUGGAAUAAACAAAAUGAACCACAAUGUAAAGGGUAUAAUUUUGUAGACGUUGAUAUCGAAGAUCCAAAUGAUGAUACUUGUGGAAUUUGUGGAGAUGGGGGAGACUUGAUUUGUUGUGAUAGUUGUCCAUCUACGUUUCAUCAAAGUUGCUUGGAUAUUAAGAAGUUUCCUUCUGGUCACUGGCACUGUUUGUAUUGUUCAUGCAAAUCAUGUGGACAAGUCUCAACUGGUUUACAUACAAGGGAUGAUGAUCAUGAAGCAGAUGCAGCUCUGUUAUGUAAAUGCCAUCUCUGUGAGGAAAAAUAUCAUCCCGUAUGUGUUCAGACAAAUGAUGCUUCUGGCGAUGAUGUGAAUAACCCAUUGUUUUGUGGGAAGGAAUGUCAAAUGUUACAUGAAGGGCUACAAAAGCUUCUUGGGGUUAAGCAGGAUAUGGAAGACGGAUUCUCAUGGACUCUUAUUCGUAGAAGUGAUGUUGGCUCAGAUGUUAGUCUCUGCAGUGAAGUAGCUCAGAAGGUUCAAUGUAAUUCCAAGCUUGCAGUUGCUUUGUUUGUUAUGGAUGAGUGCUUUUUACCUAUCAUUGACCAAAGAAGUGGCAUCAAUUUGAUUCAUAACAUUCUCUAUAAUUGUGGGUCAAAUUUUACUCGCCUGAACUUUAGUGGCUUUUACACUGCAAUUCUUGAAAAGGAUGAUGAGAUUAUCUGUGCUGCAUCUUUAAGGAUCCAUGGAAAUGAAUUAGCGGAGAUGCCAUUCGUUGGAACUCGUUAUAUGCAUAGGCGCCAAGGAAUGUGCCGUCGUUUUCUUAACGUGAUUGAAUCGGCCUUGGCUUCUCUAAAUGUUGAGAAGUUGAUCAUUCCCGCAAUAUCUGAACUACAAGGGACAUGGACUUCUGUCUUUGGUUUCAAGCCCCUUGAAGAAGCUAGCAAGCAAAGGAUGAGGAGAAUGAGUUUGUUGGUCUUUCCCGGUGUAGAAAUGUUGCAGAAAGCAUUAUUGAAGGAUCAGCUUCCGAUGGAAUGUACACCUGUUGCAGUUGAUUCUGAGUCCCCUCAACUUGCAGAACAACAAAAGUUGGCGGUCGUUGCAACAUCUCCUGAAGAGAGUCAUUCUCAAGGGCCUUGUUCAAAUUCGUGUAUCGAGCGCACUGCAAAUGAUGGAUUUGGGACUUCUGGUGAUCCUGCAGUAGUUGAAUCCAGUGUUGAACCAAAUGAUAAGUUCUUGAAUGAUGAUCUAGAUAAUCCUACUAACAAUCUCGAAGCUCAUAAUGCGGAGUUUAUUGAUAAUAAUUUGGAGGAAAGAAACCAAAAUUUUGAGAACUCAUUGUACUCUACGUGCCUUACAUAUGAGGAAGCUGAAGUGGCUGGCCAAUAUCAAACUACCUCUCUUGGUUCUACCAUUUCAGACCUUGAAGAACGGACGUCUGAACUAAAUGGACAAUUGGAUGGAAACUCAGCAAUUGAUCAAAAUUCUAGCCUGGAAUGCUCCAAAGUUGCUGCAAAUUUUGAAUGCCAGGAGACUGCAGAAGUUGGUACUCCCAAUGACAAACUCAAGUGUACUCAUGACGUGCAUGUAAAUCAGACAGACAUAAUCAGCUCGAGUAACCCGCAAGAGAUUGCUUCGGUUCAUGAUGGACAAGAGAUUGCUUCGGUUCAUGAUGGACAAGAGAUUGCUUCGGUUCACGAUGGACAAGAGCUUGCUUCGGUUCACAAUGGACAAGAGGUUCUCUUUGAUUCAGAAAUUGGAAAUGGUUGCCAUGCCACAUUGCAGAUGGAUGAUAAAACUAGUUCUCCCUCUGAACGUGAUAGUCUUAAUCCACAUUCUUCCUCUGCUAGAGUUUCUUCUAAUUGUCAUCCAACGGAGGACGUCGUUGUAGGCUGAUGACCUGCAUCACUAGGAUUUCAGCAAGUGCUCGGGAGGACGAUGCUGAGCAGAAAGAAGUAACGGCUGGAUUAUAGUCUAAUCACCAUCUCUGAAGCAGAUUAGUUCGUUAAAGAAUUCAGAUGAACAGUUCACCAAAUCUGUAGGAGUCUGGUUCACAGAGUAGCACAUGCCACACUGUAUAAUAGAUCACCCUUCUAAAACUUUGCUUCUGCUUUGGCUUUUCUUUGCGCCAUUGCUCGGAUGAAGGUGGUUUUCUUGCGGUAACCCUCGGAUAUUAUUCUAUCAAACCUGGCUACUCAUAUGCUUGGUCUAGCAACCACGAAUCCUCAGUGGCUACCGUUAUAGGAGAACAGAAGUCAUUUUGUUGGUCUUACUAACCAAUUGUGCCAUAUUUUUUGGGAUGGAUGAUGAUAUCCCGCCCCCCAAUCCCCCCUCAACAAGAACAAGUUUUUGUGGUGCAUUUUGAGCAAGUGUUUGGGCGAAGUUUGAUCUUAUCAUGCUCAUCUAACCUGGGGUAAAAGGGUUUUUACAUCCCGUUUUUGUUUCUGGCAUACAGUUCUGGAGAGCACUGUAAGUUCUCUUCUUCCGAAAGGGCUGUGCAUUUUAAGGCCUCCUUUGUUUACUGUAAAUGAAAACUUUAAUUGGCUUACUAUUGAAAUGUUACUUCCUUUGUACA